UUACUUUCUAUCUAUAGUACUUGCAUGAUUUCAUGAUUAUAAAUGCCAAGAACCAUAAACAAAAAUUUGUGAAACCAUAAAACAUGAUACUACUACUCCUCUUCCUAGCAACCUCUUCUCUUAUUUUCUUUUUUCUAAAACACAAAAAAAGGGAACCAUUUCACCCUCCGCCCGGACCUAAAGGGCUCCCUGUUAUUGGAAACUUACACCAAUUUGACCCUUCAAAACCUCACAUCUACUUUGCUAAGCUAGCCAAGAUCUAUGGUCCGAUCUUGUCUUUAAGAUUUGGAACCGCACACACAUUGGUGGUUCAAUCUGCCAAGACGGCGAAAGAGGUCCUACAAACACAAGAUCUAAACUUUUGUUAUAGACCACCAACAUUAGGAACUCGAAAAUUAAGUUAUAAUGGGUUGGACAUAACGUUUGCUCAUAGCCUUGAUUACUUUAGAGAAAUUAAAAAGAUUUGUGUUGUUCAUCUCUUUAGCCUGAAAAAAGUGGAGUCUUUUGCUUCGGUUCGACACGAAGAAAUUAUGAGGAUGAUUAAUAAGAUAUCUACCAAGUGUUCUGCUUCAGAAGUCGUUAACUUGAGCGAGUUGUUAAUGACCUUUUCAAGCUCCAAUAUAUGCAAAAUUGCUUUUGGCAAGAGGUAUAGUGAUGAUGAAGGUUACAAUUGUCACAAGCUUCUAAGUGACGCUCAGACUAUGUUAACCGCCUUCUUCUUUGCUGAUUACUUCCCUUCCAUAGCCUGGCUCGAUAAGCUAACCGGACAAUCCUCUAGGCUCGAGAAGGCAUUCAAAGACUUAGAUGCAUUUUUCGAAGAAAUCAUAAACGAUCAUCUAGAUCCAAAUAGAGUUAAACCUGAGCAAGAGGAUAUCAUUGAUGUUCUACUUCAGAUCAAAAAAGAGAAAACCUUUACGUAUGAUCUAUCUAUGGACAACAUCAAAGCUGUACUUAUGGAUAUGUUUGUAGCGGGAACAGAUACAAGUGCAGCCAUGGUAGUUUGGGCGAUGACAGAACUAAUUAAGAACCCAACCGCGAUGAAGAAAGUACAAAAAGAAAUUCGAGACUCACCAGCACGACAUAAGGGUUAUGUAUCAGUGGAAGAUCUACCAGAACUCGAAUAUCUCAAAGCCGUUGUCAAAGAAACAUUUAGGAUCCAACCUGCAGCUCCGUUACUAGUACUCCGAGAGUCUCUCCAAAAAUGCACCAUAGAAGGGUACGAUAUUAUACCUAAAACCCUAGUGUUUGUAAACGUAUGGGCCAUUGGAAGAGAUCCCGAAUACUGGAAGGACCCAGAAAUAUUUAUGCCGGAGAGGUUUUUAGGAAGUUCAAUUGAUUACAAAGGGAAUGAUUUCAUGCUCAUUCCAUUUGGUGCUGGUAGAAGAAUGUGUCCUGGAAUACUUCUUGGUGUUGCAAACUUUGAGCUUGCACUAGCCAAUUUGUUAUACUCUUUUGACUGGGGGUUGCCUGAUGAUAUGAAAAGUGAAGAUAUUGACACUGAUACACUGCCUGGUAUUACUAUGCAUAAGAAAAAUCCACUUUGCCUUGUGGCAAAAACAUAUUCAUAGUUGCACCCCAAAAAAUAAUAUGAAGCUUGGUAAUUUCAAUUUAUGAUGGGUUUUUUGAGUGUUGAAAGAAUUGGAUGAUUAUAUGUAUAAUAAAUGACCUUACGUCCUUACUAAUCAAUAAAAUUUAUUAUGUUGGAUUUGGUUCCGACUUCCGAGUGAUACAAUUAUAAAUGUAGAUGAGAAGAUUUUUAAGAAAUAAAAAUUAAUCUUUAAUUACUAUUGUAAACUAGCUUAAUAGUAAACUAAUACUAUAAAGAGAGUGAAAUAUAAGAUAUGUGGCCUUUGGCCUCUCAUAUCGCACAUGUGAUGUACUAAUGUUAUUGGUUUUUGCUCGGUCGUCGGUCGUUAUUGUUGAACAAAAUUUCAAUUACACUCUCUAUAAGCUGAAAUA